AUAUACAUCUUGCCACGAUCUACUGUACAUUACAGAGGUAGACAAGGCAGUCUCACCUCAUCUCUCCAUCCAAUCUACAGUGUACAGAUAGGUCACGAUGAGCGGUCUCAAAAGCGGUUCAGGCAGCCUCGGGGCUUACCCGACCAGGAACUAUGCUGCUCGCUACAAGGGUAUCGGAGAUAUCCACAAUCGACUCAACCAGUUUACUGGGGGAGCAUACUCCGACAACAAUCUGGCAGCAAUGAUGUUCUACGGUCGAAAGAACGACUCUGACCAUGUCUCGCUCGAAGUCUGGUCAGCUCCUGGACUCUCCAAACCCACCUUUGAGGAAGCCAAGAAGGCUACUGGCUAUCGACCAGCUCAUGUUGGCGAGUCAUUCGGUCCAUCAUGGUCGAAUCACUGGUUCAAAGUCACAGUCCGAAUCCCCAAGGACUGGGAGAAAUACGAGCGAGUCCAGCUCGAAUUCGACCCGUCUGGUGAAGCUUUAAUCUUCAACACCGAUGGUCUUCCCCUCCACGCGCUGACGGGUGGUUUUGGUGGUGAUCGACGAGUCGAAUUCAUCAUUCCCGAAGCUGAUCGAAAGGCCGGUGUCGGACACUACUUCAUCGAAGCUUCAUGUAAUCGAUUGGGAGGUCAGAACGAUAUUCAGCCCCCGAAUCCCAACAACUACUACCCCCUGAACAGUGCCGAUCUAGUGGCUGUCAACCUCGACGCUUGGGCGACAAUGUACGACUUUGAAUGUCUUCAUCAGAUGGCAUACGACCUUCCCCAAGAUUCUCACUUGGCGAGGAAAUCAGAAUACGUCGCCAACAAGAUCAUGAACGCUUUCAGGGAUAAAGAUGAAUCUUCCCUUGCUGAAUGCAGGAAGAUCGCCCAAGAGGUACUGGGAGAAGGAUGGAUAAGGGAAGUUGAGAAAGACAGCAAAAAUGCCGACAAGCAAGAGGGAACUCUUUGGGGUAUCGGACACUGUCACAUUGACACUGCCUGGUUGUGGCCUUUCCGAGUUACUCAGCAGAAGGCAGCUCGAUCAUGGUCUACUCAGGUCGACUUGAUGGAGCGAUACCCUGAGCAUCGAUUCUCCGCCACUUCUGCUCAGCAGUACAAGUGGGUUGAGCAACUCUACCCCAAGCUUUUCGACCGAAUCAAGGAGAAAGUAGCCGACGGUCGUUUCCAACCUCUGGGAUCUACUUGGGUCGAAAUGGAUGUCAACAUGCCCACUGGAGAGUCUCUCGUUAGACAGUUCCUCUACGGUCAACGAUACUAUGAAUCCCGAUUCGGAUUCCGAUCCAAGAUCUUUGUCCUGCCCGAUACUUUCGGAUACUCGAGUCAACUCCCCCAGCUUUGUCGACUUGCCGGAGUUCCAUACUUUUUCACUCAGAAAAUGUCGUGGAACCUUGUCAACACUUUCCCUCACAAUUCGUUCAACUGGAUCGGUAUCGAUGGAUCUCAGGUCCUCACUCACCUGACUCCCGUCGACACGUACGGUGCCCAAUGUAACAUUGACGAAGUUCGCAAGGGAAUGACGAACCACAAGAACUCGGAUGUCACCAAUGACGCCCUAUACCUCUUCGGAAAUGGUGACGGCGGUGGUGGACCCACCCCCAACAUGCUUGAGAAGCUCCGACGAAUCCGAGCCGCUAGCAAGCAGGAUGAUGCAGGUGGCCUGAUUCCACAGCUCAAGAUGGGAGGAAGCUUUGACGAAUUCUUCGAGACGCUCCGAGCCAAAACCGACAAUGGCAAAAUCUUGCCCACUUGGAAAUCAGAGUUGUAUCUCGAAGUCCACAGAGGAACUUACACCUCGCACGGUUCCAUCAAGAAGGGCAACAGGAAGAAUGAGAUCCUACUUCGAGAGGCAGAGUACGCCGCCACCAUGGCUUCUCUUGCUGAUCCCGACUACGAGUACCCCAAGGCGAAAUUCGAUGCCGCUUGGGAAGAUCUCUUGCUAUGCCAGUUCCACGAUGUCCUUCCUGGAAGUUCUAUCGCUAUGGUGUACGAUGAUGCUGAGGAGAAGUACGCCAACAUUGUCAAAGUCAUCGGCGGUGUGCUCGAAGAGGCUCAUCAGGUCCUUUACGCCAACUCGAUCCCCAUCAACAAGGUGACUGACCAGGAGGGAACCCUGUUCGCCGUCAACACAAUGCCCAACUAUCACCGACAGGAGAUCAUGGAAGUCCCGGUCGAUGCGCACGCCUCGAUCAAGGAUGCCUCUGUCCAGAUCAGCCGAGAUGGACACACUGCCUACAUGCUGAUGGAAGGAGGCAAAACUGGCUCCGCGGAAGAGAUGGUUGUCGUUCCCAAGAGUAUCUCCCAGGCCUAUGCUCAACGACCCCGCGUGUCCGUCCACACCACUGGUCCUCAAACUUUCAUCAUGGCCAACCAGUCUGUCCGCAUGACGGUCGACGAUGGUCGAAUCACCAGUCUCUAUGAUGUCGCUCUUGACAAGGAGCUCAUUGCCGAGGGUAUGACGGGAGGAAUGGUCAUCAUGGAGGAUCAACCCAAUUACUGGGACGCUUGGGAUGUCGACUCGUUCCACUUGCAAAAGCAACAGCACCUCAAAUUCGACCAGAUCAACAUUCUCGAGUAUGGACCGGUCAGAGCCACCCUUGGGGCUACCGUUAUGUACGGACAGAGCAGAAUGGAGGUCGAGAUCUCCCUCGAUGCCAUCUCUGCCUCAGUCAACUCUGACGCCCGAAGUAUGGUCCGCUUCGACGCCGUCAUCGACUGGCGCGAGUCUCACCGAUUCCUGAAGUUCGAGCUUCCUCUGGACAUCAACUGUGACUCUGCAACUUAUGACACCCAGUUCGGAGUCAUCACUAGACCAACGCACAAGAACACGUCCUGGGAUGCUGCCAAGUUCGAAGUCUGUGCACACAAGUUUGCCGACCUCAGUGAAUAUGGCUAUGGUGUCGCUUUGCUCAACGACUGCAAGUACGGAUACGCCGUCGAUGGCAAUGUCAUGCGCCUGUCAUUGCUUAGAUCGCCUAAGGCACCUGAUCCAAACACUGAUAUGGGCACUCACCGAAUCUCCUGGGCUAUCUACCCGCACGCUGGUGUCUAUGCUGAAAGUGAUGUUGCGGAUGUUGCCUAUGCUUUCAACCAGCCCAUGAAGCUGCGUCUUACCUCAAGCCCCAUGGCGUCUUCCCACAUGUUGGGUGCCUCCUCGCCAUUCAAACUCCACGGAGCUCCCAACGUCCGACUCGAGACCGUCAAGCGAGGAGAGGACGACAAAUUCGACAUGGACGGCAAAAAGACAAUCAUCAUCCGAUUGUUUGAACACAUGGGAGGUCACGCGAAGACUUCGCUCAAGAUUUCCGGACUCACCGUUAAGAAGGCAGAGAUUGUCAACAUUCUCGAAGACAACAUCUCGGACCUCAACAUGUCGCUCGAGACUGAUGACGAGUCUGAUGUACCGACGUCUGUCCUCAACCUCAACUUCCGUGGCUUCGAAGUCAAGAGUGUAAGGUUGACCAUUGGCGGCGAGAAGAAACGUCGAGUUUCAGGCGGCAGUGGCUCCUGGGUCAAGCUCUAAAAGCUGAAAGCUGGAGGGAGGAUGAAAAAAAGCUUGCGAGGAAGGACACUUUAAUUACUGCUGUAGA